AUGGUCGUUCUUAAGGAUCUAUGCGAGCCGGUCAUUCCUAAAACGGCCAUUGACCCUGCCCUAGGACGGGGCUUCGAUCUUUCAGAGCUAUUGUCGUUUGAUCUUGCCCUGGUGAACGUUCCUAAGACCAAGAAGACGUACUGCAAGAACAAAGAGUGCAAGAAGCACACCGUCCACAAGGUGACUCAGUAUAAGAAGGGCAAGGAUAGCAUGUCUGCCCAGGGAAAGCGUCGUUAUGACCGCAAGCAGUCAGGACAUGGUGGUCAGACCAAGCCUGUCUUCCACAAGAAGGCCAAGACCACCAAGAAGAUUGUUCUGAAGCUGCAGUGCCAGAGCUGCAAGCACUACUCACAGCACGCCAUCAAGGUACUCCCUGUGUCCAUUGGUUAUAGAUCACUCUUUGCUUACUCCCUGUGUCACAGAGGUGCAAGCAUUUUGAGAUUGGUGGAGACAAGAAUGGCAAGGGCACGUCUCUUUUCUAAGCUUCUUGUCCACCUAUCUGGUUGUUGA